AUGGAAGCUCGUCGUCCCCAGGUCUGUUGGAGCCAACGCUUGGAGUCGUGGGUGGUCCAUAGUCGGAACCUGUCGCUAGUCGUUAAGGAUGCUGAGGAUCUCUCUAAAUACUCUGGUCGAAAGCGCGAUAUAGCGGCGGCAUGGCUUGAACAACUAACUGGGAAGAACCUCACCUUGUUAAGACAGCUGCUAGGAGGGUGCACACUAUUUGGCUCUUGUUACCAACCCAACCGCGGAAUGGAGCCUCUAUCACAGUGUCAGCCUGAGUCGGGCUCGUUCACUUGGUACGGCCUUACUGUUAAUACUGUCGCUCCGGCAUGCCCGUGUGUCGAUCCGAAGAGAGCAUUGCGGCUUAUGCGCCUUUGUGGUUUACUCGAGGGAAACGGCAUUGAGGUGGGUGGUGGGAAGGACCGCUGA